AUGGACUCCCACAGCGCUCGCUCCUCUUAUGGGCGCUCGUGGACGCCUAUCGGAGAGACAUCCAACCAGCUCAUUGUAUACCAUCCGCCAUCACACGCCAUUCAAGUGGUCCCCCAUCCACAGCGCCGCUCAUCUCCAGACUCUUCUCCCGUAAAGGAGCUUAGAGUCCUGUCUUCUGAACCUUCCGCCACUACCGCCACCACUGAGCAGGGAACAUCUUCAACCAGCUGUCCCCUUUGCCAGAGGGCGUGGUCCCCUCCAUUGACUUCCGCAGCUGAACCAGAGGCCGUGAAUCAAGGUCAAGGGCAAGCCGGCGAAACCCACUACUUCCGAGUUCUCGAACGGGCACACGAGUUCAGUCGCCCAGGGACACCGUCGUCUCCCAUUCGGGAUCGAUCGCCAACCCCAACUCCAGUUGACAAUGCCGCGGAGGAUGUCUUCGAAUUGCCCGCGAUGGGCUACUACAAGCGGUUCUUCACAGAAGACAGGCGUUUGGGAAUUGGAGCCGAGGGAAGCGUCUAUUUGGCCACUCACAUUAUCGGUGGCAAUGUGCUCGGCACCUACGCUGUAAAGAAGAUUGCUGUCGGAACUUCCAAGCAGUACCUCGUGCGAAUGCUACGCGAAGUCCGUCUACUCGAAGCCCUCCGGCACCCCAACAUCAUUCCUUAUUACCACUCCUGGCUGGACGAAACCCAAUUUUCAUCCUUUGGCCCUCCCAUUGUCGCGCUCCACAUUCUCAUGAUGUACGCAUCGGCUGGCAACUUGGACGCCUUUCUCGUCACACGCAGCCACGGUGGGACAUCGGGCCCAGCUCCGCACAAUGCCGAGGAUAUCGCAGCCACAGACGACAUUGAUCUGCUUCCAAAAGCGGAACGUAUCAAGGCAUUCAAGCGCAGACGGCAAAGCGGGCUUGGGAUGAAGAAAGGAGAGGUCCGUGGGGUUCUCCUUCUCGGCUUUGACGAGAUUCUGCAGUUGUUCGGUGAUAUUGUGGACGGUCUUGCGUUUUUGGAGCAUGGCCGCUCGAUCCUUCACCUGGACCUCAAGUGUUCCAACGUCUUACUGCUCUGGGAAGACGGUCAAGUCAUACCCAAGGCGAUGCUCUCAGACUUUGGUACAUCGGAAGAGAUGCUCCGUGGUAAACGAGAACGCACGGGCCAUACUGGUACAAUGGAAUACAUGGCUCCCGAGACGAUUGUCAUGGACAAUAAUGGGAACUGGAGACCUUCAGAUUCACAUGCCGACAUGUGGUCUCUGGGCAUGGUGCUUCACAAGAUGAUGUUUUUGCAGCUUCCUUACCUGGACACGGAGGACUUUGCAGUUCUGCACUCGGAGAUUUUGGCCUACCCGGGUUUCUCUGCAACCCCAGAUAUCAUACAGACGUGUGAAAGACGACACAUCCCUCGCAACCUCCUUUUGUUGUUAGAAAGGCUGCUCCACGUGUCUCCUGAUCAGCGACCAACUGCGGAACGGGUUAAGAAGGCCUUGCCCGGACUGCGCUCUCGCCGGUUUGGCAGUGGUCUUUGGAGGGGAGGACGCGAUGCCGAGGAUGAGACGCACACCAAUGUGUACCAACAGUCACCCGUGAGAGCGAUCCUGGCUUUGCCUCCACCUCCGGGUCUUCGCCAAGCUGCCGCGGAUUCGAAUGCGACCAUUAUUCCAGCGCCGCCUACUUUAUUGUCCAAGGCCUCGUUCAUAUUGUUUACCGUCAAAAUCAUGUCACUGCAGUCGAGCAUUGCCGGCCAGCCGUUGCCGGCCAUGGCUGUGUUGCUGUUGACCAUACUAGCGCUCGUCGACUUGGCCCAGCCUCGGGCGUCUUUGCUACGUAGUGUGGGGCUGAGCGCUGUGCACAUUGGAGUGUUGGUUUACUUUGUAUUGUAG